UUGAUUCACGGCCCGAGACACUUGGGUCAUGCCAUUUUGGUAAUGGACGAAAAUGGCAGAAGGAAGAACGACCGUUUUUUUUCAUAUUUCUCUUUCCCCGGGAAACGAAAGAAUGCCCGAGCACCUUGUUUCAUUUCUUCUCGACAUCAAUUUCAAUCUUUUUAAACGAAAUAUAAUCUGAACGAUGAAAAGUUCAUUCAAAUAAUGCUCCGCGCCAGACACUCACGAAAAUUAAGAAGAAACACGGAAAAUUCGCGAAUAAAACGGAUUUCUUUGUCCCAGUGAGAUAAUAAAUCUCGUACACGUAUUGGUUUUUAAAAUCAAUAUAUCCACCAAUGUGCACUCGUUUAACAAGGGUGAUGGAACGUGCCAAAAAUCUCUCAAGAGAGUCUUGGCAACGGAAGAGUCGAAAAUGUCACAAUUAUGAAUGAAAAAUUCGAAUAGUUGCUGAUUUUACAGUCGAAACCGAUAAAGAACUCCAGAUAUUCCCCCAAUUAUUUUACAAUAAAUUCGCGAAAAUGAUCGAUUGCUGACGUCAUUGUAUUCUAGAAAGAUUGUAAAACGAUAAGAAUUUAUUGAAAAAACUUAUAUUCGAUGAUAACACUUCUAAUAAGAGUACUAAGAGGAGCGAUUCUGUACUCACCUUCCUGCCUCGAAGUACCGAACGCAAUUAACCGUCCGCCCAGGAUGGAACCGUUCGGAACUUUUGUAAGUCACUGCACGGCCGCUGCUUAUGGUGGAAAUGUAAUAGAUAUAAGUACAGAGCUCGUGAGCGAACUAAAAACGCGAUAGAGAAGUAGAGAGAGGAUGUUCCGUCCUUGUCUAAUGACGCGCACUUGUACAGGAAAUAUGUAACAGCGGUAUACGAGCAGCGUCAGUGUCCACUAGUGUGCAUGCCUGAUUAAACAAGGACAGGAAGUAUCUAUACAUGGUGUUCUCUUUCUAUUUCCAUGUUGCAUCCAUCUUACUAUACAGUACACACACUCAGCUAUUCUAUCAUUAUAUUUGUGCGUUGCUUAUGUGUGAACCAAACAUUUCCAUGACAACAAAUCGUUUGUCUCUUGUUUGAUGCUCGGUUUUCAACAGAGUUGAAAGAAUUUUUUAAGAGAAACGCAAUGGACGGGUUGUUUUUAAAGCAAUAAACGGAAAUUCUCGUAUGCAUUGAGAAACGAUAGGCGAUUUGAAAGUGUCACUAUGAACGGUGAUUUAUCGAUGCAAGGUAGUAUGAAUAAGAUAUUUUAUAAUCUGCGAAAAAAGGUAAGGAAUAUUCUAGAUUUUAGAUUUUAGAAUUUCCACGUGACAGACGAGUGUGUUUUGUUAUUUGAUUUGUAAUAUUGCUGCAGUUCUCUUAAUAGCUGUUCGUUUCAUGCGAUACUCGCACAUAGUAUCUAUGACUUUUGCUUCUAACAAUUUUUAUAAUUAGGCUGUAUCAAAUAUUUUUAACGUUCGUGUUUCAUGAAAAAUCAUGUGUAACUCGUUGAAUUCGCAAAUGUAACAAAAAAUUACAUGAAAAACCUUAUAUUAUUGUAAUGAAAAAAUAAUUAUAUUAGGAGGAGAGUCGUAUUUCGGAACGUCAUCGGAACAUAUUACACCUUGUAUGUGAUUAUUUGGAACACAAUGGGUGAGUAUAUUAUAAUUAAAAUAUAUUCCUAGUUCCAAUUCUUUUGAAUAGUGUCAGUGACCAAUCGAAAUAGAAAUCAGUGGACAUCAUGGAGAGAGAAGGCGAAACCAAAUUUGAAAAUUCGACAUCGGUAAUUCAGUAGUUAAGAAUAACUCAAUCGAUUAUGUAGAUUAACUAGUUAUAAACAAAUAUAUGAAGUAUAAAUUCAAAUUAUUCUUAUCCAUCUAAAAAUUGGAAAUUAAAAAGCAGAAGACAAGAAAUUAUCUUCGAGGAUUUAUAUAGUAAAUACAUUCUUUUGCCUGUCUUACCUAGAGAUAAAACAGUUGUUUGAUGGUUAUCUUAUAGUGUUCAGUCAUUGCGAAAAAUAUUUUUAAUUAGUUAAAAACUAUAAUUAAUUAAAAACUACAUUUUUUUAUGUAUAUAGACGUUAGCGAUGUAUUAUUCCGGGAAGCUCGUCUAUCUCCCGAACAUCGGGUUUGCGACAACAUCGAUUUGGAAAUUAUCGUUGCAGAGUAUGAAAAUUAUUACAAGAUGAAAUUUCAAAAAUAUCCCAUAUUGUGUAAGAAAAUAACUGGAAGGGAAAUGACGAGGGAAGUGACAAAUGCAAGCAAAACAAGUAUUGAGACAAAAGCCAAAUCUGUUAGUAAACAAGCGAGAAGUGAGCCUGUGAAAGAGACGAAUCUACAGCAGAAGAUAACUGAUGACAAUACGAAUCAUAUUAAUCUCGCAAUGACAGUGACGUCAAUAUUCCCCAAUGAGAAUGAUGGACGUUCAUCAGAAGAGCUAUUUAACGUCCCAAUGGAACAAUCCAUGCAAUCGAAGAUAUUGAAAUGCGUUGAAAAGCUUUAUUCAGAUAAUCCGGAAUUACGAAAGAUUGCUGAGGACAUCUCAUGCAGAAGACGCCAUUUUAUCUUUGUAUCGUCACAGGAGAUCAUAGUAAACAAAUUAAAUGUACAUUGGGAUGACGUUAUAGGCCUAGAGGAAUGUAAAACCGCUGUUAAGGAGACCGUUGUGUAUCCCCUUAAGUAUCCUAUCUUUUUUGAUGGCCCGUUUUCCCCCUGGAAAGGUAUUUUGCUGUACGGCCCACCUGGUACAGGGAAAACGAAGUUAGCGAAGGCAGUCGCGACAGAAUGCCAUUGCACCUUUUUUAACAUAACUGCCAGCUCAUUGGUCAGCAAAUGGAGAGGCGAUUCCGAGAAGUAUAUACGUGUAAGUUGCUUUGUCUAUGUUUUAUUUGAACUUGCCUAUAGUCAUUCGCCUACAAUUAUUUUUAUCGACGAGAUUGGCUGGAUCGCCACAAAUAAAGGAGACUGUAUAUUGUCUGAACCUGCAAAGAGAUUCAGAUCAGAACUUCUUUCUAGAUUGGAUGGAUUAGUGUCUAAUGAGAAUUCUAAUGUAGUUCUUCUGGCUACAACUAAUUCCCCUUGGGGCAUUGAUGCAGCUUUACUCAGGCGUCUCGAAAAGCAAAUAUACGUAUCAUUACCCAAUGAAGUUGCUCGACUUGGUAUAUUCAAAUUAUACCUUAGCAACCACUUAUUAGAAAAUACAGAUACUGUAAACCACAUAGUAAAAUGUACUGAAAGAUAUUCUUGUGCAGAUAUAAAAUUGCUUUGUAAGCAAGCGUGGCUACUAGAAAUAAGCCCGAUAUGGAGGAGACUUGAAAAGAAAGAAACACCUGUUACCACUUUGAAAUAUGAAUUAAAAAGUUAUGAAAUAUUAGCAAAAUUGUUAAAAAAAAUGUCACCUACAGUUAUGCAAAUAGAUAAAUAUGAUACGUGGAACAAAUAAAUACGCAAUCGUAAGGACAGAUAUUGAAAAAUAUAAAUAAAUGGAUUAUCGUUCGAGAAAUCAUUCGCAUGUGUGUGCAUGUGUGUGCGCGCACGCGCUAUAGGCUAAGUUUAAAAUGUUCGGUUGUAUUAUAUCCUUGUAUUAUAUAUGUCGGAGAUGAAAGGAAAACCGGAGCCUUCCCUUUGCAAUUUUGAGGAAGCCUUCUAAUGCUUUAGCCUAGAUUUUAUCAUAACUGUAAUUAAGCAAUUGUCAUUUGUAAUUGUUUGAUAUUUGUGAAAGCGAAAGUGGGUUCGAGGUGACAACUGGUCGCUGAACGUAGCCACGGUCACGGGAUAAACGUUUUGCCUGACGAAGGUGUGGAUCGGUUGUAUUGUUCUCCCUAGAAAUCACAUAGAAUUGUACUUUAGAGAUGUCGAUAUAAUGGGACACACGUUGUAUUAGGAAUCAAUCUCCAGACAGAAACUGCCUAGUAACGGCGUUUGAAUCUUUCUCGAUGUUUCCAAAGAGUAUACAACAAACUUUUGACAGAAAUUGCCUAGCAACAACGAUUGGAACCUUCUCGAUGUUUCCAGCGAGCAUAUAACAAACAAAUGCAAUCGUAUAGCGAAAAAGAUUUUCAUCAGAUAUUCAUUCGUGUGAUCACCUUGGAAAGUGAUACAUCGAGCAAUUUACCGAGUGUCUCAGCAAUUGUAGUUUGUGUUUAAAAUUAUUCUACACAUAGUAAAGAGUUAUCCUGUUGACCGUGGAUUCGUUUGAACCCCGGAACAUUGUUAAUAGCGUUAAUUAAAUUCAUUAUUCGUGAAACUUAUCAAUCGUUAAUCUCAUUAUACGUUAAAUUCAUUAUUCGUAAGACAUAUUAUUCGUUCCUCUUAUUGUUCGUUAAACUUAUUAAUCUUUAAUCUAAUUAUUAGUUAAACUUAUCGUUUGUUAAUCUUAUUAUUUAUUAAACUCAUUAUUCAUAAUAUUUUGUAAAACCUUGUUUAUUCGCGUAAAUAUAUUCUCUGUUUCGUAAAACAAUGGCUAAUUCAAACGAAGGAUCAUUACGCGCCUUAAAUCCUAAUGAUAACCCGACAUAUAUAUGUGAGUGUAUUUUAUCAAAAAUAUGUUUUUUAUGUUUUCUUAUCUUAGUAAUUAUUUUUAAAAAAGUCUUAAAGUCUUAUAUGAAAAUAAAGCUGUUCUUUAUUUCAAAUAAUUGAAGUAAAUAAAUACAAUGAGUUUUAUAUUUUA